UCAUACACAGCGAACUCACUGAGACCUAUCGGGUGCUCUGCACAUCCCUCCAGCACUACACAUCUACACUGCCACAGAACUUCAGCUGAUAAACUUAGAAAAACUUUUUUUGACUAACUGAUCAAGACUUCGGUAGCUACCAGACUCAAACUUUCCAGAUCUGCAAAGUGUUUGCUCUUGCUUCUUUAUUUUAAAAAAAGGGAUUAUACUUUAUUUUUGCUUAGUUUCUACUUUGUUUUUUUUUCAGUUUUAGUGUAAAAAGGGGGAAAACUUACAACUCAGAUUGACUCUUUCAGGAUGUCUUUUUCUCUGCUGAGUGGAAUGUUGUUGCUCUUCUCUGGGAUUUUGGCAGGGAGCUCUCCCACCCCUGGCUCCCCUGAUGGACACACGCCGGUCACCGACUGUCCCUCUUGUGCCCUCUCCAAGCUGCAGAAAGAUGUGCCUGCCAGCUCCCAAGCAGAUAUGGUCGAGGCCGUCAAGAAGCACAUCUUGAGCAUGCUGCAUCUGAAGGAAAGACCCAACAUCACCCACCCCGUGCCCAGGGCAGCCCUGCUGAAUGCCAUCAAAAAACUACACGUGGGAAAAGUUGGCGAGGAUGGCAACGUGGAGAUUGAGGAUGAGGCUCACAGCCGGGCAGAGAUGAGCGAGCUGGCGGAGCAAACUUCGGAAAUCAUCACUUUUGCUGAGGCAGGUGACUCUUCAGACUUUGUGCGCUUUCAGAUAUCAAAGGAAGGCAAUGACCUGUCCCUAGUUGAACAAGCCAAUGUCUGGCUCUUCCUUAAACUGUCCAAAACUAACAGGAGUCGUGCUAAAGUGACAAUCCAGCUCUACCAGAAGAAACAGGGCACAGAUGGAGCUGAAUUAGACGUUGUCAUCUCUGAGAAAGCGGUGGACACUAGACGGAGUGGUUGGCACACCUUGCCCGUGUCCGGAAGCAUCCAGGCCUUGCUGGAGAAAGGGUACAGCUCCCUUGACCUGAGGAUAGUGUGUGAGCAGUGCAAAGAAGCUGGCGCCACCCCGAUUCUGGUGGAGAAGGACGAGCGGGAGCAGUCUCAUCGACCGUUCCUCAUGGUCGUGGUGCGGCAGUCUGAGGACCACCCUCACCGCCGGAGGAAGAGGGGUCUGGAGUGCGACGGCAAAAUUAGAAUCUGCUGCAAGAAGCAGUUCCACGUCAGCUUCAAGGACAUCGGCUGGAACGACUGGAUAAUAGCCCCCUCGGGUUAUCAUGCCAACUACUGCGAAGGCGACUGCCCAACUAAUGUCGCCGGUAUUACAGGCUCCUCGCUGUCUUUCCACUCAACAGUCAUCAACCACUACAGAAUGCGGGGCUAUGGCCCCUUCACAAACAUCAAGUCUUGUUGCGUUCCGACCAAACUACGGGCCAUGUCCAUGUUGUACUAUGACGAAGGGCAGAAAAUUGUUAAAAAAGACAUUCAGAACAUGAUAGUAGAGGAAUGCGGCUGUUCUUAAGGACCAAGGCAACUGCUCUGAAAAAAAAAAAGAAUAAGGAGACAGAGAGAGGGGGGAAUUUCUAUCCCACCUUCUUUCAAGCAGACUCACAAUCAUAUCAGACUCAACCUGACAUGGCGCUGAUUCCUUCAGACGUCUUCUAAUCUGCUGGUUGUCUUUAACUUGGACCAUUCUGAGGCACUUUCAGAUUAAAAAAAAAGUAAAAAAAGAGAAAUAUAUAAUAUAUUUUUGUUACUACAAAGAGGGAGAGAGAAGAAAAAGAAAGAAAAUAUAUAUGUUGCAAGUGUGCAGCAUUGCUCAUCUUCAGUGCACUGCAAUAAGAGUUACCGUUUUGAUAAGGUGCCUACGAUUCUCAAAACUAUGCAACUUGUCAAGUAUUAUUUUAAACUGUUUACCUUUUCAAACAAAAAGAGGAAGACUUUUUAAUACUUUUUUGGAAGUAAAUAUUUCAUGUUUUUGUUGCUGAGAGAUACUUGAAAGAAACAUGUUUGACCAGCUGCUGGAGCCAAACACUUCUCUAUAUAAUUAUUAUUUUUUAUUAUUAUUAUUAUUUUAAUAUUAUUAAUAUUAUUAUUUUUAUUAAUAUUGUUGUUAUUACUAUUUUUUCUGUUCUUAUUUUUUUAAGCGUUCUGAACGUUUACGAUUUGCACUAUACCGACAUUUUUGAUCUGCCUAAUCAAUAUUUAACAGGUAUUGGAAUACAGAGGAGCUGCACUUAAAAAGUGGGCUAAAUGAAUAUUUAGAGCACAUAAGAGAGAGAAAAAAAAACAAAAAAUCAAUUAAGGCAUAUAUAUUUUUCUUUUAAAUAACACCAAAGAGUUUGUGUGAGAGUUUCCAAUUUCCUAUGUGUGGUCGUUACAGUAUACACUUCAGAAAAAUGUCUUGCUCAGUGAAGAUUUGUGAUCCAAGAGUUUUUCCUCCAGCUCUCUUCUGAGUCCCCUUCACAUUUCAAUAUCAAGUGUAUUUUCGGUUCUUGAGAUGUAGUGGUACACUGUCGAAAAGCAGCUUAUAUUAAAAAGGCACUUAAGACCAGUCUUCUAGAUGUAUGUUUGAAAUGUGUAAAACGAAUGUGCAAAAAAUAAUCACAAUAAAAAAACAACAUAAAAAUACAAACCUUUAUUUUAUUUUUAAUGAAAUACAUAUAUUUUCUCACUGAGUAUUGGAAGGACCCCAUCAGAAUUCUGCAUUAUUAUUUUCCAGUGGAUUGACUUGUUGUAAAAAGUUGUUUUUCUGCUUACUGCAAUGAACACUGUAUCAUUGUGCAAUGUCUAAUUUUCAGCAAUUUGAUUCUGUUACCUUCGGAGUUUGCUUUGCAGUCUGGACUGAAAGAAAUUCAAAAAUUGCCAGGAUGCCUCUGGCACAUAUCUGUAUAAAAACAGCAACAAAAAAACAAACAAAAAAAAAACUGUGGUUGUAUUUGGUUUUUCUCAAGACAAAUGAAAACGACACUGAAGCAAGUGUUUGGUCUAAGAUAAAAGACUUUAUUUUUAUUCUGUAUAUAUGGAGAUACAGAUAAAUUUAUGUUGCAUUGCUUUGUUGUACAAAUCAAAAAAAAAGAAAAAAAUAUGUGCUUGUGGCUAUGUUUUCUAUUUAAUUUAUUUUACAGUAUUUUGCUUCACCAUUAAAGCUUAAGGGUUGUACACUAAAUGCUGUGUUGUGAAAUUAAAAUAACUUUUCUUCUG